ACGGUCAAUAAUAAAUCACUACUUCUCUAAAGUGGCCACCUCUUCUCCCCAACCGUUAGAUCCCACACAUCCCCAUCUCAAAUCUCAAUCACAUCACCCUUUUUUACUGACCCAGAAAAUGACCUUCAAAAACCCAAAAAAAAUAAAAAUAAAAAGAGAGCACCAACGUGGCAGAAAGAAACGUCGAGUCGCCAAACAUUUGCCAAUAUAAGUACCGCCUCACCUCCCCCCAACACGCUAAAAAAUCUUCUUCUUAUUAUCAUUAUUUCCCUAAACUUGAGAGAGAAAAAAGGAAAAAAAAAAAAAUGGAGGAGCAAGGAGGAGAGAGAAUGAAGGGUACAGUGAAGUGGUUCAAUGAUACAAAAGGGUUUGGUUUUAUAACACCUUCAGACGGCGGUGACGACCUUUUCGUCCACCAAUCUUCCAUCCGUUCUGAAGGGUUCCGUAGCCUAGGUGACGGUGAAGAGGUCGAGUUCGUCAUCACUACCGGUGAUGAUGGUAGAACCAAAGCUGUUGAUGUUACUGGUCCUAACGAGGGUUCCAUCCAAGGCUCCACUCGUCGCUCCGGCGGUGGAGGCGGCGGUGGUGGUGGGAGUUACGGCGGUGGUGGCGGGAGUUACGGGGGCGGUGGUGGGUAUGGUGGUGGAGGUGGGUAUAACGGUGGUGGUGGAGGGAGGAGAUCUGGUGGCGGAGGAUAUGGAGGUGGGUCCGGUGGAGGGUAUGGAGGUGGGUCUGGAGGAGGAAGUUGUUAUAGCUGUGGUGAGCCAGGUCAUAUGGCAAGGGAAUGUCCAAGAGGUGGUAGCGGUGGUGGUGGUGGUGGAAGGUACGGUGGAGGUGGCGGAGGAGGUGGUGGUGGAUGUUAUUCGUGUGGUGGUGAAGGGCACUUUGCAAGGGACUGUCCUGCUGCUCGUUGAUCGUUUGUUAAUUAAUAUUAAGAUAUGUGUGUUUUUUAAGGUUAAAGAUGGGUCUUUGUUAUUAGUUUUUAUUUUUGGGAUGGUUUUAAUGUUUUAGUAGUUUAUGAUUAGAGAGAAUAUUUUGAUGUUUAUUUCUCUCUGUUAUUAUCGGCUAUGGUGAUGGACUGAUGGUGAUAUUUUAGGGUUUGGAGUCUUUUGUUGGUUUUUGUCAUUAAGAAAGUGGUGUUGUUUAACGUUGGAUAUUUUAGAGGUUGUUCAAAUAUCUUUGUUCUAAUCUCUGUUUAAAAUGUCAAUAUGAAUACACUUCCCUUCUUUAAA